GGUUUACCUGCUGUGUUUGUGCCCAGCAGUGGAUGGAAGAUGCCACGCUCCUUCCUGGUGAAGAGCAAGAAGGCUCACACCUAUCACCAGCACCGCUGCCUGCAUGAUGACCUGCCUGUCCUCACCUGGGAGCCAGUGACCUCUGCCUUCACUGCCAUAGGAGACAAGGCACCAGAGGACAUCAAGAUCCAGGAUCUAGAAUGUGUGGUUCCCAAACAAGAAAAGGACCUACCUGAACUGAAGGAAGAGAAUAUCCCUGUCCAGUACCUGAGCAGGAUGCUGCAAGGCCCUUCAGCUCAAGAGAUGGGCCUCCCAGGGCUGCAGAUCAAGGACUGUACCACCACAGCAAACACUCCUACCUUCUACAAACCUGGCUUUUCCUGGGAUCCCUACCAUCUGCCAUACAGCUACAGACAGACGUCCUCCACCAUGCAGUCAGCCCUCUUGGAGCACCCAGUUAGCCUGUAUGGAAGCCACCUGCUGCCAAGCACUGAACCCCCCCUGGACUACAGCAUGCACUACUCCUCAGACAUGGAGACCUACCACUGUGUGAAGUGCAACAAGGUGUUCUCCACCCCCCACGGGCUGGAGGUCCACGUCCGAAGGUCUCACAGCGGGAGCCGACCCUUCGCUUGUGACGUGUGUGGCAAAACCUUUGGCCAUGCUGUGAGCCUGGAGCAGCACACCAACAUUCACUCCCAGGAAAGAAGUUUUGAGUGCAAGAUGUGUGGGAAGACCUUCAAACGUUCCUCCACCCUCUCCACUCAUCUCCUGAUCCACUCAGACACACGGCCCUACCCCUGCCAGUACUGUGGCAAACGCUUCCACCAGAAGUCAGACAUGAAGAAGCACACCUACAUCCACACUGGGGAGAAGCCUCACAAAUGCCAGGUCUGUGGCAAGGCCUUCAGCCAGAGCUCCAACCUGAUCACUCACAGCCGCAAGCACACCGGCUUCAAGCCCUUCAGCUGCGAGCUCUGCGCCAAAGGCUUCCAGCGCAAGGUGGAUCUGCGGAGGCACAGAGAGACCCAGCACAGCCUCAAGUGAGGGAUGGCUCCAGGCCAUUGCUGGAGCCCCCCCUGCCAGUGCACGCUCCAGGGAAGGAGACCCUCCCCAGCACCUCCAUCCAGCAUGGUGCUGCCCACUUCAUGAAGCUCACACAGCCUCCUGGGGACGGUCGUUGGCUUUGGGGCUCCGGCACCCCAGGGCCUUGCACAUCCCAGCAGGUGACAAGGAAGCCUGUGGGAGCUCUCACUUCUCAACUGCAGCAGGUACCAGCCCAGCUCUGUCAUCUUCUGCUCAAGUGCAAAUCCAGAGGAACUCCUCCAAGGUCACUCUUUGGACUUACACCACAUGCAGAACCCAGGGUGGGAGGUGGGAACUCCUGGGCUAGGGGCAGCAACAAUCUGUGCCAGGCUGGUGCUGUAACCAUGUUCUGCUUUGAUGGCUGGGAAGAUGAGGCUGGGGCACACAGAUUAUGUUCAACCCAGACAGGCCUUCAUCAGAGACUUGCCCAGGUCAUAAAUUUGGGCAGCAAGCCCCUAAAGGAAUUUUCUUUCAGCAGAGCAUUUACUGUGCUCCAAUGACAACUUAACUGUGUUGUAUUUUUAGCCUGGAGUGGGAGGAAAAUACUGAAAACCCAGCUCCUAUCCCUAGCUGGUAACAAGGGUCUCUAAAUGCAUUCCUCACAUGCACCACGCUGCAAAGAUCUGGGGUGAGUGGCAACCAAGCAAGCUCCAGGAAGAGCCAUGCCUGGCACAACCAACCUUGCCCAUGUCUCAGUAGCAUGCUGCUCUGGGAAUCCAGGCUGCUGUGUCCCACAGUAUUUCACUGCAUAGGAAUUUGAAGCUGUCCUGGGCAAUCCUGGGUCACUGGGUGGUCAGGAAUGCCCCUUGGAUAUCAAUGUCAAGAAAGAGUUCUGCUUUCCAGCCACUCUCUUGAAGGAGGAAGUGGCCUGGAGACACUGGCAGAGCAUUCCAG